AUUCCCACGUUCCCACCUCCCCCGUGCGCGCUCGCCGCCGCUCCGGUGGGGCACCCCGCGGGAGGGCCGGGCCGAGAGCCAGGCCCCCCGCAGGCCCAGAAGGGCAGCAGGGAGAAGCCCCCGUCCCCACAGCCGCCAACCACGCCGCUUCCCCUCCGCUGCGGCCUCGGCCUCCCCGCGGAGCCCCGCCUGCCCGCCGCGCCGGGCGGGGCCUGCUCGUGACCCGGGCGCAGACGCCGGCCGGCGCAGCCGGAAGCCCCGUCGGCGGGCGGCGGUGGCGGCCGGGGGAGCGCCGCUGCCCCCCGCGCUGCAGCAGGGCGGGGAGGAGGCGGCGGCGGCUCGGCCAUGGGAGCGGAGCACAGCGCGGAGGCCGAGAGCCGCGCGGGCGAGCCCAGCACCUCAGCAUCUCCGUCACCGGCCAAGCAAAGAGCAAAAAUGGAUGACAUUGUGGUGGUAGCUCCAGGGACACAAUCCUCCCGGAAUGUCAGCAAUGAUCCCGAUGUCAUAAAACUGCAGGAAAUUCCAACUUUCCAGCCCCUUUUGAAAGGACUCCUCAGUGGGCAGACCUCUCCGACCAACACCAAACUGGAAAAGCUGGACCCCCAGCAGGUGCUGCAGCUGUGUCUCCGGUACCAGGAUCAUCUUCACCAGUGUGCAGAAGCUGUUGCCUUUGAUCAGAAUGCGCUUGUGAAGCGGAUCAAGGAGAUGGACUGCUCCGUGGAAACCCUUUAUGGCUUCAUGCAGGAGCGCCAGAAGAAGUAUGCCAAGUAUGCGGAGCAGAUCCAGAAGGUCAAUGAGAUGUCUGCCAUCCUCCGCCGUAUACAGAUGGGCAUCGACCAGACGAUCCCGCUGAUGGAGCGGCUGAACAGCAUGCUGCCGGAGAGCGAGAGGCUGGAGCCCUUCAGCAUGAAACCCGACCGGGAGCUGAAGUCCUAGCUGAUCCAUCAGGCUCCCCCUUGUCCUCCUCACCUUCCAGGCUCCAGUGUUCAGCACAGACGCACUUCAACGGGCUGGAUGGCAGAUGUUUGGGGCGCACAGCACUGCUGCCGGACUCUCUGCCAGGGCAUUGGAGGAAGAGCAGCGCCAGCUGCCAGAACCGCACAGCCAGGAAUCCAGGAGCUCCCCAGUCCCGUCGUCUGGAGAAGAUGAUUUACCAUCCUCUCAUCUCCCUCCUCUCGCCCUCCUGUUUCCUCCACUGCUGCCGCCUGUGCCGAGACAUUGGUUUCAUUGCUGUGACUAGAUGGGGGUUUACAGAGGAGGAGUUUUCUUUCACCUGAUUUUUCUUUUUUUUUUUUUACUAGAAAAAUUGAAAGGGAUACAGGGUGUGACAAACACUCUGACACUGGUUUUGUGCCACUGGGGUUUAGACCAUUAGAUGGCUGGCAGGUAUUUCUGAUAUCUCCUGGCCUUGGAAAUGUGUGUGUGUUAUAGGUGAAAGUGCAGGAACUAGGGACUGGCUUAUUAAAAUCUGCCUAUUAUCAUAAUUAACAUGGCUUGCAUGGCAGGGGGUUGGCAUGUCCUCCUCAAGGCUCCUGUUUUUAUGGGCUCACUAAUUUAUGAGGCUGUAAAGGAAUAACUGUUACAGAUAUGUAUGUCUGUUAAUGUUAAGCAAGCCCUAGCAUUCCUCUGCCUCGCCCUAGUAAUGUCCCUGUUCCCCAGCUGGUGGCAUUUUGUGUCCCUCACCUUGCGCAGUGGUUCUGGCAGGCACUGGCAUUGACCUGCUCAUUUUGCAUCCAAAGUUGGACACGAGGUGUCUCUCUCUAUUUUUAUUGGGACACUCCAGUUGUCUUGGUGCUGUCUUUUCUACCAGAGGGAUGCAGUUGUUUCUUUACCUUCAAGUGUAUGGAGGUGGACGGGGGAGACAUGAGAAGGCCUUUGGGCCCUUGCUUUGGCUUAGCUGCUGUUACACUGAGAGCUUGCCCAGGCAUGGCGUUUAAUGGCUGAAACCACCUUGCCCUUUGGGACUGCACCCAGCAAACUGCUCCAAAGGCAACAGGGUGUUCUUGCCUUUUCCCAAGCUGAGGGCCCUGCAGGAAGGCAGGCAGCCUGUCUGUGCCACCUGGGUGCUGGGCUGGCCUGUAGGAGACAGGAUGGUUGCCAAGCUUGCCACUGGUCUGCUGGCUGCAAGCGAUUUACAGCACCACUCUGAGCUUUGGGGGGGAUAUUUUACACGCUGCUGUAAAAAUACUUGCAGAUCUAGAAAUAGGGUUUAACAGCCUGUGUCACCAUUGCGUGGCAGCUCCUGUCCGCAGCAGAAAGAGCAUGUAACCAGAAGGGAGGAGCCCGUGGUUUGCUGGGACAAGGAUAGGUUUGUGUGUGUUAACGUUAGUCCCAGGAUGCUGUUGCUGGUGAGGAGAAUGAAGCAUGCCCAUGAACCCCAAGGGUGGGUGUAUGUCAGGAGCACAGUUCCAGUGGUGAGGGCAGCCCUAUUUGAGAAUCAGUGACAGUCCUUCUUCUCGUACAGCACAAGACUAGGUGAUUGGCAAAGGCGACUUGCUUCAAUACCUCUUAGUACUUAAGAGCACUUAAUUAGCAAAAGAUUGUCUCUAGGCAUUUGGGAGUAAGAGCACGGUAGGGUUUUGGUGGUAUUAAUUAUUGCCUGGUGGCAGGAAGCAACAGGCUGUUCUUUCGUUGCAUUCCCAAAGUCCAUGUAGCCUGGAGUGAAUUUUUGGGAUGCAGACUGCAGGCAGCUGAGGUCCAUAUCUGAACCAUAGCAGUGAUUGGACCUCAGGGCCCGCUGAACACUGUCUGAAAGCAGAGUCCUGUAGAAAUGGAGCCCCCCUGGAAUGAUGCCCUGGAAGGGGGAUUGGCCGUGUCAGAGAGGGCAAGGAACUUGGCAGGAGAUUUCUAGUCAAGGCAGCAGAGUGGGCCUCCUUGUCUGCUGCUUCCGCCCUGGAGUUGUUACACAGGCGUGUAUACAUAGGCGUAUGCUGUAUGCUGCAUAGAAUAGAACAUGGGAUUCCAUCCUUGCUCACCCGUCCUGCAAUAUUUCACACUUGGUUUCUUAAAAGCUUACAUGAGACUUAACAAUCCAAGAAAACCUGCUUGUCAUGGCCAUGCCCAUGCGGGUCCUCACUGUCCGUCAUGGAACAGCCUCUGCCUCCCGCCAUCAGACACACCAGAAUAUUCAGCAGCUUUAAAUAGCGGCUGCAGGCGGUUUUGUCCUCCUCGUCCAGAUGAUGCUGUCUGGAAGUUUAGAAUGUGCCACAUUCACCCGUCUGCCAGACGGGAUCAUGGAUAUCCCACACCCUGGUGUGCUGGAAGCCUAUACUGAUGGGAGGAUCCCGAUAUUGCAUCUUGAGGCCGGGGCUAGGCUGCAGAUGCUCUCUCCUGUAAAGCUUCUAGACAUUUGGCCUCAUGCUAUUAAGUCUCAGAUCAAAGCAUUGCGGUGCUAAUGAGGGCAAGCAAAUUGUAUUCCUGUCUGAAGGCUGCAGGCGUGAAGGCUGCAAAUCAGUUCCUUCCUCAUUUGCUACAGAACACCUAGGCACUGGGCUGAUAAUGGGAGAAAGCGCUUGUUCUAUGAACACGGGCCUUCAAGCUUGUGGAUGUGCUGCUGGGCUGCCCAGCUAAAGCUUUCUGAACAGCAAGAGUAGGUUGUGAACAAUGUAAUAACUCAACUAGAAAGAAAUCAGAGCUGAAAUGUGAAGGCUGAUCUCUUCCAAAGCACACAGGUCAUCAUCUUCAUUUCACAGGUCAUAGUGUCUUGUAUGGGUACUGUAAGAGAGCGUGCACCCUCUAAUUGUUCUCAAACCAUGGUUUACAGUUUUAUUUAAAACAUCGUCUGUGGCUUCAUUAACUGUAAGUCUUUGGCCCUCUCGCUGAGGGGAAGACAUUUCCUGCCACAUCCUUUUGAGCUGCUGUUUGUUGCUUGGCUGCUCCUUGUUCGCUUUGCUCUGCGCACUGCUUUCAGCUUCAUCUCAGAGGCAGGUGAUGCUCCAGGUGAGGCUGGCGCUCUGCUCCCUUUCACACUGUUUAGCAGGAGAUUUGAGCUGUGACUGGAAUUACCUUUCUGCUUAUGAAUUUCCUUUUCCAAGACAAAUGCUUUUGGAGAAGGCCUCAGGUAUCUCUCAUGAAUGUACUCGCCGUUAUUUCUCCCAUGAAGUUAGUGCUAUAAACAGAGAAUUAUCUGGUGUGCUCCACUGAAAACAAACAUCUCUGCCCAGUUCUGCCUUUGGAGGUGGUGUGUGGUCUGGGGUAUGGGCUAAGCUUCUUGGUAUGCAAUCUGCUGAGAAACUGGAGAACAGAGCGAGUCUCUGGGUCUGUGGUUCCCUGCUGGCCUGAUCUGCUUUGGUUCUUCCCCUAACUCUGCUGUUGUGACCCCUGCUUUGCACCGCCGCUGGUGCUUGUUGUGUCCUGGUCAGUGUGCUACAGGCGCAGAAGAGGUUUGCUGUGUUGUUUCCGUUGGUUUUUGUAAUUCAAUGCAUUGACAGGGUGCUAAAGUGCCAACCUACCUGCAGGGCAAUUUCUGUGAAGAUCUGCUGAAGGGGACAGAAAAUAACGUUGGGGUUUUUUUUAAAUAUAUGUAUUCUAAAUUAAAUAUAUUUAAAUAUAUUUAAAUAUUUAAAGUGUAUUUUCCCCUCCUCUAAGCUUUUACACAGAAAGAAUAGAAAUACAUGUUUUCGCAGGCCCAGUCACUGCAUGAGCCAGCCCCUCUCUCUCAGAGUGUGCCACUAGUUUCCUGAGGUACUAUCGCAAUGUCCCUUCCGUUCCUGAGCUGCCAGGGUGUAUUUUGAUCACCAGCCUUGUGGCUGAGUGCUCCUUGGUUGACGGGUGGUUAUCCUGUUCGCAGACUUGCUCUGCUUCCAGCUCCCUACAUGCGAUGUGUUCCCAGCUCCAGCAUUAAAAUGUUUGGGAUCACUUUUU